AAACAUGUCGAAUCUAGAGGAAAACAUUGAAAAUCUAGCUCUAGAUAGUUCAUCUAGCGACGAUGACACCUCCAGCAGCGACGAAGAAGUCACCUUCUCGGUGGCGAUGUGGGACUUUAAUCAGUGCGACCCCAAAAAGUGCUCCGGCCGAAAACUGGCCCGUUUAAAACUGGUCAAAACCCUCAAAAUAAAACAAAAAUUCCCUGGACUGGUGCUCACUCCGACUGGUACUAAGUGUGUGAGUCCUUCAGACCGCGAUAUAGUUGCAACUAAAGGGAUAGCAGUGGUUGAUUGUUCGUGGGCUAGGAUAGAUGAUACCCCCAUCGCAGCCCUGAAACCCCAACACGGGCGCUUGUUACCGUUUUUGGUGGCCGCCAACCCCAUUAAUUACGGGCGCCCGUGUCAACUGAGUUGUGUGGAGGCAAUCGCUGCGACCAUGUACAUUACAGGAUAUAAAAAAUUGGCGAAACAAUAUCUGGACAAGUUUUCGUGGGGGCACUCGUUUCUGGAAUUAAAUGGGGGCAUCCUGGACCGAUAUUCCAAUUGUAGCGAUAGUCAGUCGGUGGUUGCCGAACAAAAUAAAUAUAUUGAAGAGGAGCAACGGCAACAGGAGCUGGAUAAACAAGCCCCCCGAGACUUCCCCAGCUCCAGUGAAAGCGACUCAGAUUAAACCACUUUAUUAUAAAAAUUUAAUACUUAAACUUAAUAAAAAUUACGACGCAUUCA